AUGUUGUUCAUCGCACAGAUCAUUCUGCUGCUGGGUCUCGUCGAUGCCUUCCCUCUGCGUAACGAAGUUGGGCUGGUGGAACGUGCUUCAUCCGAGUAUUGGGUUGAGAACAUCAAGCGCCAGGGUGAGGUUGCGUUUGGAAACAGCAGCGCUUACCAGGUGUUCCGUAACGUCAAGGACUUUGGCGCUAAAGGUGAUGGAUCUGCCGAUGACACCGACGCGAUCAACAAAGCCAUCUCGUCUGGUAACCGUUGUGGUAAAGGAUGCGACUCGUCGACUGUGACUCCUGCCCUGGUCUACUUCCCUGCCGGUACCUACAAGGUCUCCAAACCGAUUGUUCAGUACUACUACACCCAGAUGGUUGGAGAUGCGCUCACUCUCCCUGUCAUCAAGGGUUCCGCCGACUUUGCUGGAAUGGCACUGAUUGAUGCUGAUCCGUACGAAGACGACGGCAGCAACUGGUACACUAACCAGAACAACUUCUUCCGUGCCAUUCGUAACUUCGUCGUCGAUCUUACUGAUAUGCCCCAGGGUGUUGGUGCUGGUAUUCACUGGCAGGUUGGACAGGCUACCAGCUUGCAGAACAUCCGCUUCGAGAUGGUCAAGGGUGGCGGCAGUGCCAACAAGCAGCAGGGUAUCUUCAUGGACAACGGCUCCGGUGGUUUCAUGUCUGACCUCACUUUCAACGGUGGUAACUACGGAAUGUUCCUGGGUAACCAGCAGUUCACCACUCGCAACCUGACCUUCAACGAUUGCCAAACCGCUAUCUUCAUGAACUGGAACUGGGCCUGGACCUUCAAGUCUGUCAACAUCAACAACUGCGAGGUUGGUCUGAACAUGUCUACCUCCCCCCAGAACCAGACUGUCGGUUCCGUUUUGCUUCUCGACAGCAAGCUCACUAACACCCCUACCGGUGUUGUCACUGCUUUCACCAAGGACAGUGUUCCAACUGGUGGUGGUGUUUUGGUUCUCGACAACGUUGACUUCAGUGGCUCCAAGGUCGCCGUCGCAGGUAUUGAUGGCAAUACCAUUCUCGAGGGUGGCUCUGUCGUCGCCAGCUUCAUUCAAGGAAACACCUACACUCCAUCUAGCACUAUCAACAAGCGUGCCUCCCCUGUCGAAGUCGUACUUGAAACGAUUGUUGAAACCAUUGCAGUCUGUCCCGCGCAGUACCCUGAAACUAUCGGGGAGACCACGCUGCCCGCGGCAACUUCCACUGAAGUUCCCCAGCCUACUACUGCGGCUCAACCGGAGACAGCUUAUUCCUCCGAACCUUCCGUCGGUGUUUCCUUCUCGCUUCCUGUUGGCCCCGAGACCACAACAGCAGCUGCACCGACUGUACCUGAGACAACUGCCCCAGUUGAGCCCUCAACUGCCGCGCAGCCUACCACUCCUGUCGAACCUUCUUCUUUCGUCCCUGUUCAGCCCAGCGCUUCGCAGCCCACCGAGCCGGUUCAGCCAUCCGUGACUGCUGUCGCCUCGUUCACUGCUGAGCCCUCUGUGUCCAUCGGAGGGUCUUCCGCUACUCACGGAUCGGCUACUGUUUCCGGCGCCAUCCAGGGCACUGGACACUGCUCCAGCAAGGCUGUUACCAAGACCCGUGUCCAGACCACUAUGCCCACCCAGGCCAAGCCAAGCGCCCUUCUCACCAAGGACGGAAGCGUUGUCGAGCGCUCCAAGCCCCUGUACGAGAACUACGCCGCCUCGUCUUUUGUCAGCGUGAAGUCUCAAGGAGCCAAGGGUGAUGGUAAAACCGAUGACACCAAGGCUAUCCAGAAGAUCCUUGACAGCGUUACGGAAGAUCAAAUUGUCUACUUCGACCACGGUGCCUACAUUAUCACUUCUACCAUCAAGGUUCCCAAGAACAUCAAGAUCACUGGUGAAGUCUGGCCCCUUCUCAUGGCCUACGGCGAGAAUUUCUCAGACGAGAAGAACCCUAUUCCCAUGCUCCAGGUCGGUGAGGUUGGUGACUCUGGGUCUGUCGAGAUUACCGAUCUGGCCCUCCAGACCCGUGGCCCCGCCCCUGGUGCUAUCCUCAUGCAAUGGAACGUCGCUGAAGCCUCCCAAGGCUCCGCCGGUAUGUGGGAUGUUCACUUCCGUAUCGGUGGUUCUGCUGGCACUGAGCUCCAGAGCGACAAGUGUGCCAAGACACCCAAGAAGACCACCACGCCUAACAAGGAGUGCAUUGGAUCCUUCAUGCUGCUCCACGUUACCGAGAAGGCUAGUGCCUACAUUGAGAAUGCUUGGUUCUGGACUGCAGACCACGAGCUUGACCUCGGCGACCACAACCAAAUCAACGUCUACAACGGCCGUGGUGUUCUCAUCGAGGGCAAUGGACCUGUGUGGCUGUAUGGUACUGCCUCGGAGCACAACCAGUUGUACAACUACCAGGUCUCGAACGCAGAGAAUGUCUUCAUGGCUCUCAUCCAGACUGAAACCCCAUACUACCAAUCCAACCCCGAUGCUCUGACCCCCUUCACUCCUCAGACCAAGUGGAACGACCCUGACUUCUCCCACUGCACGACAGCCUCUUGCCGCAAGGCCUGGGGUCUCCGUGUCAUGCAAAGCUCCGAUCUUUUCGUCUACGGAGCCGGUCUAUACAGCUUUUUCGAGAACUACGGCCAGAGCUGCUUGAACUCCGAGGACUGCCAAGAGAACAUGGUGGAGGUUGACUGCUCUGAUGUGCACCUCUACGGUCUGAGCACCAAGGCCAGUGUCAACAUGGUCACAUCUUCGAAUGGCGAAGGUCUUAUCCCAGAAAGCGAGAACGAGAGUACCUACUGCUCUACCAUUGCUCUCUUUGAGCAAAGUUAG